UCCCCUCUCGCUCUCUCUCGCUCGCCGCUCUCCAUCCCGCGGUCACCACACACAGUCGGUACCCUCUCUCCUGCUCACUCGGCUAAGAUUCUGGUAGUCGCCUAGAGCUUACGUAACACACAUCUCUCGCCAGCAGCACCACCAUCAGCAUCAUCAUCAGCAGCAGUAUCGGCAGCAUCAUCAUCAGCAGAAGCGUCGGCCCCCUCUCUAAUCCUUUCCCACCACAAGCGUCACCAUCGCCGUCAUUAACUGCAACAACAACAGCAGCGGCAGCAGCAGCAGCAUCGGGCGAUCAGUAGCCACGGAGAUAAUACUCACGCCAUAAGACUGACUGAUAAUACAAUAGCCACAACCGCGUCCACCGCAACCACACUCAUCCGCAGUCACCGCUCGCUCGCUCGCUCCAGCGAUAUCGACGGACGCCAACCAAAAACACAACCUGGAUGGUGAAAUCUCCGAUAGCGCAGUCCAAGUGCGAAGAUCAGACACAGCCAAGGCUGCAGCAGCAACAGCAACAGAAUCAUCGUCAUCAGUAGCAGCGUCAUAAACAGCUGCUGCUCCUGCUGCAGCGCAAACGACAGCAUCAUCGUCAACAGCACCAUCAUUCAUCAUCAUCCUCAGCGGCGUCGGUAGCGCGCAACGCUAGCGGUAGCAGCAGCAUCAUCAACAUCAUCAUCAAUAUCAUCAGCAGCAGCAGCGUCAACAUCAUCAGCAGCAGCGUCAACAUCAUCAGCAGCAGCAGCGUCAACAUCAUCAGCAGCAGCAGCGUCAACAUCAUCAUCAGCAGCAUUAUCAACAUCAUCAUCAUCAGCAGCAUCAUCAGCUGAUCGUUGAGCUGCCAAGAAGGUGCAUCGAGAUGGAUACGAGUUACCUGGUGUGCGGAGUGGCGUUCGUCUUCCUGCUGUUCUUCCAAGGUCUCCCCGCGCGCUCUGCAGACUUCCCGAGGCAGAUGGACAACAUCACCGUGCGCCAGGGGGAGAGUGCGCUCCUCAAGUGUCAGAUCGACGGGCGGGUGACUCGCGUCGCCUGGCUCAACCGCUCGAGCAUCCUGUACGCGGGCGGCGACCGCUGGACGCUGGACCGCCGCGUGUCGCUGGCGUCGCACACGCCCAGCGAGUACAGCGUGCGCAUCGCCGGCGUGACGGCGCACGACGAGGGCCCUUACACGUGCUCUAUUCAGACCCAAAACCACCCUAAGACAUCUCAGGUGCAUGUGAUAGUACAAGUCCCACCCAAGAUCGUUAACAUUUCGAGUGACGUCGUGGUUAGCGAGGGCUCGAACGUAACCCUGGUGUGCGUGGCCACGGGCCGCCCGGACCCCGUGCUCUCCUGGCGUCACCUCUCCCAGUCCGCGCUGGAGUUUGAGGAGGGUGAAUUCCUGGACAUCGAGUCCAUCCGCAGGGACCAGGCGGGCGAGUACGAGUGCAGCGCAGCCAACGAGGUUUCCGCUCCCGACGUUCGCCGCGUCCGCGUCUCCGUUAAGUACGCCCCCACCAUCACCGAGGCUCGCAGCGUCGGAGUCCCCGUGGGCCGCUCCGUGAGUUGCGCUGCGAGGCGCAGGCCGAUCCCUCCGCAAGCUUCACGUGGUUCAAGGAGGAUCGCAGGCUGCUGAACGGCCUGGCCGGGCUGCACAUCCAGAGCAGCGGGCGCCACUCGCUGCUCACGUUCGUGAACGUCACGGAGGACGUACGGCAACUACACGUGCGUCGCCGCCAACGUGCUGGGCGCCAGCAACGCCAGCAUGCUGCU